AUGUCCGACGCGCCAGACGCUGCAGCCGCCAAGCCGCGGCUGCGCAUCGAGUUCCCUCCUGUCAAAGACAAGGAGGACUUCGCCAAGAAGCAGCGCGCCGCCGUAGACCAGGGCGAAAUUCGUGACGAUAUGGAGAACGACAUCCCGCCAGUGAUUCGUAGUGUGCUGGAGCUAUCGCACCUGACCAUGAGCGGUCACAGCCAGUGGCUGCGUGCUGCACCGGGAUACCAAGGCGGUCUCUUCCACAAGGGCAAGCCCUUCUGCUUUGCCAGUGGGUACCGAGACACUAACCGUCCACUCGAUGUCGAGGACAAGGGUAACCACAUGAAGCUCAAAGACCCGCUGGUGUACGGCACCCUGUCACUGCCUGUGACGGCUGCCUACAUAUGCGAGCUGCACGGCAAGGGCAUCUUCAACCUGGAGAAGCCUCUGAUUCAGUACCUGCCAGAGCUCCAGGACAAGCUUAGCGAGGACGUCACCGCCCGAAGCGUACUCUCCUUCACUCAUGGUAUCGACGACGCACAGCUGCUCCAGGAUGCAGGAGCGCAAUGGCGUCGGUCGUAUUUCUCUCCGUCGCUUUGCGCUGCGACUCGUGCUCGCGUGUACGAGCCAGUGAAUCGCUUUCUUGCCGGUGGCACAGUGCCAGCGACGCCGCUGACAGGGCAGCAGCAGCGAGCAAACCUCGUCCAGUACGUCCGUACCUCGCCACGCAUAACUCGCAACUUUACGCGAUCGCUUCACCGGACCCACAUCAGCCACACCUCCGUGGCCCUGCUGCUGGCUGCAGUGGAGACUCAGCUGAAGGGUCGCAGCUUCGAGAGCGACAUUCGCACUGUCUUCUUCGAGCCCGCACAGAGUCACGGCACCGGCUACGGCGCACCAACGUUGUGGAAGGACCCGAACGAGCUUUUCUACCAACCCACAGGUCAGGCUCUGCAACAUGAGAGCUUUAAGCGACCGGUUACCGUUGGCGACCCCCGCAACUGCGGCCCUGCGGUUUGGAAUGGCUCACUGAACCUCUACGCCCCCGUCGAGGACUACGGUAAGCUUCUGCUGCUCUCGCUCGACACCAUCAUGGAUGCCCGUGAGCUGCUCGGCAAGCCGACCAACGCUGGCAGGCGGCCCUACUAUGACUUUGGGGUCUUGUACGUGCCAGCCAAAGACCAGCUGCAGCUGACCAAGUCAGUCCUGUACGGCACUGAUGCCCUCCCCUCCGCAGCAUCCUUCUGCUACAGCUGCGAGCACGACCUCGGCUGCUUCGGCAUUGCCUCCUGCGGUACCCGCGGCGCUCGCUUCUUUGUAAACAACCUAUCCGGCAUCAUUCAGCACUUGUUUGUGAAGCACGUGCUGGCCAAAGGGCUCGACCCUGAGAAACCCGCCAACCUCGACGACCCUGCGCGGGAAGGCGAGGAGACCGAGGAGACGCUCAAGCGGGCGAUGAAGCGGCAGAGGUUUACGAGCUACUUCACGAAGUAUGAGGCGCACAGGCGCUACUGA